CCUGUUUAAACCCCCCGCGCAUGCGCAACCCCCCAGGCGAAAGAAAGGGGAGAGUGGGUGAGCGACGGUCAAACGGUCGAGGCUCCCUCGUUCGCAACGUACCUCAGCUUCUGCUCUCUCCGAGGCCGCCAUAGCUGGCGCCUCCCGCAUUCAACCUCCCCCGACCCGGAAGCGGAAGUAGGAUGGCUGAAAUUCCCUCCAGGCCUCCGUAGCGGUGGCUUUUUUAUUGCCGUCUCCGGUCUCCGUGGCCAUGCAGAGAGAAGAGAAACAACUGGAACUGUCCUUGGAGGCUCUCAUCAGUCAAGUGGCUGACCUGAAAAAUUCCUUGGUCAGUUUCAUUUACAAGCUGGAGAAUGAAUAUGAUCGUCUUACCUGGCCUUCGGUGCUAGACAACUUUGCUCUACUUUCUGGGCAGCUAAACACCCUGAAUAAAGUGCUGAAGCAUGAGAAGACUCCAUUGCUGCGCAAUCAGGUCAUAAUUCCUUUAGUGCUUUCCCCAGACCGUGAUGAAGAGCUCAUGCGGCAGACAGAAGGACGUGUCCCAGUGUUCAGCCAUGAGGUUGUACCUGAUCAUCUACGAACCAAACCUGAUCCUGAGGUAGAGGAGCAAGAGAAGCAGCUGAGCACAGAUGCAGCUCGUAUUGGUGCUGAUGUAGCACAGAAACAGAUCCAGAGCCUAAACAAAAUGUGUUCAAACUUGCUGGAGAAAAUCAACAAAGAGGACCGAGAGUCUGAGAGUGGAGGCAUACGGCAGAACAAGCAGACAUUCAACCCUGCUGAUACCAAUGCACUGGUUGCAGCUGUGGCCUUUGGGAAGGGACUCUCAAACAGGCGGCCACCAGGUGUGACUGGGUCUGUGCAGUCUGGUCAGCCAGGGGGCAACAGUAUCAUGGCAGGUGCUUCUGCCAUGCAGCAGGUACAAAUGCCUGGAGCACAAAACCAGUCUCAACCCAUGCUUGGAGGAGUACAGAUGCCACAAGCUGGCCAACCAGGAAAGAUGCCCAGUGGCAUAAAAACCAAUAUCAAAUCUGCUUCAAUGCAUCCCUAUCAGAGAUGAGUAGAGAGUAUUCUUGCUGAUGCUGGACAUGUUUUCUGAGCCUUCACUUCUUCCUUCUCAGCAAUAAGAUUUAUUGUGUUAUCUGGGGUCUCAGAGAGCUAAUUUGUUGACAUGGUUGCAUUGAUCAUCCAGGACACAAAAGUAUACAGAAUAUUCUUCAUACAGAGCAGCAGAGGAAGAACGCUUCUUCCUAGUUCAUACUUUGGGAAGGGCACGUCUGUAAAAUAAGUCAUAGAUGUUAAGCAAGAUCUUUACUUUUUUCUUACAUAUAUAAGAUACUUUAUUAUUUUGGCAAGUUAAUUUCUUUUGGAAUUGGCACUGGAUGAUAAAGGAGAACGAGAAGAAAAUGUAAAAGAUGUACUCCUGCAUAUUUUUUAAAAUACCCUUAUAUCUUUCUUUAGUAGUUGUUGUGCCUUGUAAAAAGCAUUUUGUGUUUCUAGGUUGGAUUGCUGUAAGCUUUUACAUAGAUUGUUGAAUUUGUUGCCACUGAAAUAGGCCAUUAAAUCAUAAUGUUUGUUCUUUGUAGUACUGAUCCCAAGUCAUUAUUAAAAUAAAUAAAACUCAGAAUGUCAUCCA